CUCAUCAUGCCUCUCCUCCAGCUGCUUCUUCUCUUCCCAUCAGACUCGCUUCCACCUCGAGUCUCAUGUUGGAGCUCACUGGACCGUGACCUGGAUCUGGACUUGUGAGUGGACAAUGCUGCAGAUCAGUGUUUGGACUCUGCUGCUGCUGCUUUUCUUCCGGUCAGCUCUGCCUCUGCAGAUCCAGUGCUACCAGUGCGAGGAGGCGAAGCACGACUGCUCUUCUCCAGAGUUCGUGGUCAACUGCACAGUCAACGUGCAGGACAUGUGCCAGAAGGAAGUGUUGGUGAAGGAUGACGGGAUCCACUACCGUAAGUCGUGUGCCUCGUCUGGAGCCUGCCUCAUCGCCUCCUCCGGUUACCAGCAGUUCUGCACAGGGAAGCUCUACUCAGUCUGCAUCACCUGCUGCAACACUCCCCUCUGCAAUGGACCUCGCCAAAAGAAACGCGGCCACCCGUCCGUGGCCCUGACCCUGGGCGCCUCCCCGCUAGCUCUCCUGCUGCCGCUAGUGACGGCGCUCUGCUGACGAAGACAAACACGGACACCGGUGGGAGGUUCGUUCUCUUGAGUGACGGAGUUCGAACUUGAUAUCAAGCUUUCUUGCAGUCAAGGACGGCCUGAGAGCAUGAACCGUACUCAGUGUCGCUCCCUGGUGGCUGACUGCGAACAAACAGAAGUGCAUUAUGAAAUAAUGCUUGUCUUUUAUUGUGUUCAAAACAGAAUGUGUGAAGUGAAGAGGCCUCUUUUCUAAUGAGUCAUGAGGGCAGUUCAAACGUUCAUUUAAGGCUGUUCUUGAGUGUAGUUCAUGAAGAGUAUAUGGUCAAUCUGUCCGGGGGAAACCAUUGUUGUGAUUCAUCUGCUGAAAUAUGACAAGAGACAAGUGAACUCUGAUUUAAGUUAGAGGUCAUCUUAAAGAUUUAACUAGGCUGACGAGGCUUCAUGAAACAGAGUCAAUAUUUUCCGAGUUCAGUAGGUGGCGCUGUUGAUUCAAAAACAAUGCGUUAGUUCAUGAUGGUGGAGUUUCUCUUGUUCUAUGAUGGUUAAAUCUAAAGAUUUUAGAGCAGAGAGUGGACACUGAAAACACUGUUUCAUGAAGCCUCAUAAACCCAUCACUUGCUCUGGUCUAACAUCUUAUGGUUUCAACUUUCUCUCAUGAAAUGUCACACCAGUUUAAAACCAGGAGCGCCACCUCACUGUCUCAUGACGCCCCGACAGAUUUAACACUGACUGGAUUAAAGAAGGGCGUAGUAUCACCUGGCCAGACACCGAAACAUUAAAACUGUAUCUGAUAACUUGUUUAAUAUCAAGUCAGAAACAUGUAUACGACAACAAUUACGAUUUCACUGAUACACUUUAGAUGGCAACGAUUUAAAACAGCGCAUAAAAUGUUACUUGUUUUCAUGAAUCGCACACAGCAGCUCUCUAGUGUUGAAAGUUUAUACGGCAUUAAUCACGUGACCCCAUUGUGGCCUGGCGAUAGUGUUAUAACGGUGAAUUGUACGAUGGCGAUGACGUCCAAAAAUAUUAUUGUAACAAACUGAUUACUGACCCCUGGUGGUUUGUAUUGGUAUCACGUCAAUAUUGUUUUAUUCAGACCAGAUAAAACAACGAAAACCAUUAUAAUAAAGAGUAGUUUUCUGCCCCUGUUCAUAAGUGGCAGGGAACUGUAAGUUGAACAUACAGAAACAAUGUUGACUUUAUUACAACCGAUGCAGAGGAGCAACGUCAAGAUUCCCUCUGUAUGGGACACAGCAGAAAAUAAAAGCUGAUUUCACUACAAUGUGUUUCUUUUUUUGUCUUACCACCA